AUGAUCCAUUGCUCGGGUACCAUCAAAUCCCCGUCUGUUGGCCAUGGAAACGAUGUUGGCGUCCGUGACUCGCCGUCGAUGGAACGACUCGACCCGGCCAGUGUAAACGAUAAUUACCAUGCUGUGAUGAACCUCGCUGCAUCUAGAAGACCGACGCAGGUGACUGUCGAAAGCUUUGAGAUGACCCAGCGCCCGUUAUCCAUCCCCGUCUCGACCUCUCUGCUCAAUCCCCCAGUCCCGACCCAGACCCAGAUACUGAAUGCCAGUGUCAUCUCGCUGAACAUGAAUGAAUUUAGAGCACCGAAUAUCGGACCGCCGCGCUCUGUACAUGGUCCGAAUCCCAUUUCCCCUUCGGUGCCCUCGCCAUCAGUCUACAGCCAAUCCCAUGAAGGUGAUCCUGGAAUGGCAUCCCCGACGAGGAUCAUUGGCGUCUCCAAACGACCUUCGCUCGCACCUAUCGCUGACUCGUCCACUUUGCUUCUCACCUCACUAGCUGUUCCUCGCGCUGGCUCGCCCUCACGACAACCGUCGUCCAACGUACAAUGGCUCACAUAUAUCUGGUCUCAGCCGUUGUCACAGACCGCACCUACGACUACGACGACUGUGCCCCUUGGGUAG